AAUCCGCGUUGUUGACUUGUUCGAUCUCGGAUUUCCUGGUCAGAUGAGAGCACGGGAAACACCUCAGCUAAACACCACUCUCACUCUGUAACACAGCAGAAGUCGAUUAUUAGCAUAAACCAACUAUCCUACCGAAGGACUAAAUUCGAGUUCUCCGUGAGUUUCCCCCUGUCUCAGUGUUGAAGAUGUCUGCGUCCGCUGGCGGUGCUGGAUCACCGGGAUCGGGCCUCUCCGCCGGCCCGGCUGCCGGCUCCGGUAUGUCCAUGUUCCGGUGGCUGGAGGUGCUGGAGAAGGAGUUUGACAAGGCAUUUGUGGACGUGGAUCUGUUACUGGGAGAAAUCGAUCCGGAUCAGGCUGAUAUCACGUAUGAGGGCCGCCAGAAGAUGACCAGUCUCAGCUCGUGUUUUGCUCAGCUGUGCCAUAAAGCACAAACCAUCUUCCAGCUCAACCACAAAGUGGAGGCUCAGCUGGUGGACUUACGGUCAGAGCUGACGGAUGUCCAGGCGGAGAAGGUCGUGGUGGAAAAGGAAGUUCACGAACAGCUUCUGCAACUCCACGCCAUGCAGCUCAAACUCCAAGCCAAAGGAGGCCAGGCGGUCGAUUCUGACUCCAUCAAGGACAGGAUGCCUGUUCCUUCAGUGGAAGAAAAGGAGAAGGAGCUGGAGGCCAGUAAGAAGGAAAAAGUGAAGGAGGUCAAGCUGGAGGCAGAGGUGAAGAUGCUGAAGAAGGAGAACGAGGCCCUCCGAAGGCACAUUGCAGUACUGCAGGCUGAGGUUUAUGGAGCCAGGCUGGCAGCCAAGUACCUGGACAAGGAGCUGGCUGGACGGGUACAGCAGAUACAGUUGCUUGGGCGAGACAUGAAAGGACCAGCUCAUGAUAAACUGUGGAACCAGCUUGAAGCAGAGAUUCACCUGCACCGCCACAAAACAGUGAUCCGAGCCUGCAGGGGCCGCAAUGAUCCCAAGAAACCCUUGCCAUCACCUGUAGGCCAUGACACCGAUUCUCUGAAAAAGACUCAAGGAGUCGGCCCUAUACGCAAAGUGGUUCUGACCAAAGAAGAUCAUGAAGGACUAGGCAUCUCCAUUACUGGCGGUAAAGAGCACGGUGUUCCCAUCCUCAUCUCCGAAAUCCACCCUACCCAGCCUGCAGAGCGCUGCGGAGGACUGCAUGUGGGAGAUGCCAUAUUAGCCGUCAACAACAUCAACCUGAGAGAUGCAAAGCACAAAGAGGCCGUCACCAUCCUCUCACAGCAGAGGGGGGAAAUAGAGUUUGAGGUGGUUUAUGUGGCUCCAGAGGUGGACUCGGAUGAUGAGAAUGUGGAGUAUGAAGAUGACAGCGGGCAUCGCUACCGUCUGUACCUGGACGAGCUGGAAGAGGCAUCAGCAGCCAAUCACAACAAUGGCACUGCUGACCCCGCCUCCCUACAAGCUGUAGGGAAGCACUUAGUGAACAACAGAACCGAGAACGGAGACGUGGGCUUGUCCAGCGAAUGCCCUUCAGAUGACAAAACCUCCAAAACAGCAGAGUCUGCAGAGAGCUCAUCCUAGACACUAAAAAAAACCCAGAAGAAAACAACAGACAUCAGAAAGAGAUGAAGACUGAACAUGUAUAAUAUGUAACAUAUAGGAGAUUCUUGGUUUUAUUGCGUAUGGAGAACAGACUGCUUUGACUUCCACUGGAGAUUGAGGAACCACUGAGAAACACUGAGAGAAGAGGACAUGAUGGCCACUCAGUGGAUUAUUAUUUGCUAAUAUUUGUCAUCAUCUUGGGUUAAUGUUAUAAAGGGACACAAAAUUACCAUCUGCAUUGAAGAGUGAGUAAAGCGAGUUUAUGGUAUAACAAUAUUGAUCAUUCUGUGUAUCCUCCGUAGAUGAGCUCAAACUUUCACACUUCUUCUCUCGUACUGAAGUAGAUGGAUAUAGAAUCGAGUUACUGUUUGCUCAGAGUGUGUGUGUGUGUUUAUGUGUGAACAUUGUUUCUAACCUCUUGAUUGUGAGUCGAUCCUGCUUGUUUGCCUUCUAAUCUAAAGGGAAGGCAAACAUGAUGAUGUUACUUCCUGUUUUGCACACAGGGUGGUCAGCAGGUGAAGGGGACAGAAAUGAGUGUGUUGUAUUAAACGUGCACAUCCAUAUGUGCUUUCAUUUGCUUGCUUUCUUCAUUCAACAACACACUUUCCGGUGCCAUUUAGCUGAUUGAGGAUGAGUUUUAGGGUGGAUCUCAUUGAAGUGAUGUCUUGGUCGUGUUUUAAACUGAAGAAAGUUAUUAUAUUUACUAAAAUGAAUUUAUAUUAUAUAUAUACCUACAAUUAUAUGUGUUUUAGGUAUUUAUUCAUUUCAGGGGUCUUGACAUUACUAAAUUGGUAACACUUAACAAUAACAGUACAUGAAUAGUGAUGUAUUAAUAUGUAAACUAAACAUUACUACUUCAUUAUUUAUAAUGCGUGUGCUAAUCAUGAACUAACUUUAACUACAACAUGAGUCUCAGGUGUAAAUAACAGCUACUUUAAUUACUUGUAAAUACAUGAUUGUUUGUUAAUUAAUGUAUUAUUACCACAUUAGUUUAGUGCUUAGUUUAACUAUCAUGAACUCAUGAUAUGUUAAUGUAUAAUUAUAUCAUGACUUUACUUGGAGGGGCACAUCAUCAUUAACCCAUUCUUAACUACUCAUUAACUCCUUAUGCAUGUCCGUCUAGUGAGUUUACACUGAAUAACCAUUAAAAAAAGCGAGUAACACUUUAGUUUAGGUCACAAUUCAUGCUAUUAAGUACUGGCUUGUUACUUGUCUAUUAAUAAGAUACUGUUCAUUAGUAGUGAUAAAGUAUGAUAUUAUUUUGCAUUCUUAAUUUGACCCGAAAACUAAACCCAACUUCCACUUUAAUAACUAUUAAUAAACAGGUAAUUAGUAGUUUAAUAAGCUAAUAGUGUUAGUUAAUUGUUUGUUAAUAAUUGUGACCUAAAGUAUUACUGAAAAGUGUUCAGACAACAUCAACUGAACAGUUUAAACACAGGGGUAAAUGAGUAGUUAAGGAUGAGUGAAUAAUGCUGUGCCCCUACAAGUCAUGACAUAACUUUACAUUAACAGCUCGAGAGUUCAUGUUGGUUACAUUUAACUUAAACACAAAAGUUAAUUAAUACAUUAAUUAACAACAUGUACUAACAAUUAAUUAAGCUAGUUAUUAUUUACAC